CAGUGGUGAGUCGAGUAGAGUCCGUUAACGUGAGCGGUCGUGGAUUCGCUUACAGCACACGACUUAUCACAUAUUUUUUGUGAAGAAAAAAUAUUAAAAAAAAAAAACAAAAAAAAUAAUAAAAAAUACAAAAACGCAACAAAAAAAUUGUAAAAAGUAGCAAAAAAUUCGAGCAAGUGUUUGAAAGUAGACCCGAUCACCAAAUAUGGCUUCUCUAUACGUCGGUGAUCUCCACCAGGAUAUCAACGAAUCGAAUCUUUUCGACAAGUUCUCGAGCGCUGGUCCCGUACUGUCCAUUCGUGUCUGCCGCGAUGUGAUGAGCCGUCGCUCGUUGGGUUAUGCCUACGUCAACUUCCAGCAGCCAGCCGAUGCUGAGCGUGCUCUGGACACCAUGAAUUUCGACCUGAUCCGCAACAAGCCCAUUCGCAUAAUGUGGUCUCAGCGUGAUCCUUCGCUGCGCCGCUCCGGCGUCGGCAACGUCUUCAUCAAGAACUUGGACAAGACGAUCGACAACAAGGCCAUCUACGACACGUUCUCCGCCUUCGGUAACAUCCUGAGCUGCAAAGUCGCCACCGAUGAGAAGGCCAAUUCCAAAGGCUACGGCUUCGUUCAUUUCGAGACCGAGGAGGCAGCCAACACGUCCAUCGACAAAGUCAACGGAAUGUUGCUCAACGGCAAGAAGGUCUACGUGGGCAAGUUCAUUCCCCGCAAGGAGCGCGAGAAGGAGCUCGGCGAGAAGGCCAAGCUCUUCACCAAUGUCUAUGUGAAGAACUUCACUGAGGACUUUGAUGAUGAGAAGCUCAAGGAGUUCUUUGAGCCCUAUGGCAAGAUCACCAGUUACAAGGUCAUGUCCAAGGAAGAUGGCAAGAGCAAGGGCUUUGGCUUCGUGGCCUUUGAGACUACAGAGGCUGCUGAGGCUGCCGUUCAGGCCCUCAAUGGCAAGGAUAUGGGCGAAGGCAAGUCCCUAUAUGUCGCCCGCGCCCAGAAGAAGGCCGAGCGCCAGCAGGAAUUGAAGCGCAAAUUCGAGGAGCUCAAGAAGAAGCGCCACGAGUCUGCCUUCGGCGUCAACUUGUACGUUAAGAACUUGGAUGAUUCCAUCGAUGACGAGCGCCUGUGCAAGGAGUUCUCACCCUACGGUACCAUUACCUCUGCCAAGGUGAUGACCGACGAAGAGGGUCGCUCCAAGGGAUUCGGUUUCGUGUGCUUUAUUUCGGCCAAUGAGGCCACCUGCGCUGUGACUGAGUUGAACGGUCGCGUCGUUGGCAGCAAGCCUUUGUACGUGGCAUUGGCUCAGCGCAAGGAGGAGCGCAAGGCCCACUUGGCCUCACAGUACAUGCGCCACAUGACUGGUAUGCGCAUGCAGCAGCUGGGCCAGAUCUUCCCGCCCAGCGCUACCGGCGGCUUCUUUGUGCCGACCAUCCCGCCCAACCAGCGAUUCUUUGGCCCACAGAUGACCACUCCCAUGCGCAACACUCCGCGAUGGGCGACUCCUGUACGCCCAGCAGCCACGGUGCAAAGUGUGCAGGCCGGCGCUGCCGCCGCCGCUGCUGGUGGCUUCCAGGGCGCAGCCGGUGCGGUGCCUACACAGUUCCGCUCGGCUGCGGCCGGUGCCCGUGGUGGUCAGUCCCAGCAGGUGCAGGGCACGCACGCCGCCGCUGCCGCCGCGGCUAAUAACAUGCGUAACACAGGCGCUCGUGCCAUUACCGGUCAGCAGACCGUCGCUGCUCCCAACAUGCAAAUUGCCGGAGCCCAAAUUGCUGGCGGAGCUCAGCAACGUGCUUCCAACUACAAGUACACCUCCAACAUGCGCAACCCUCCAGUUCAGCAGAUGCCUCAGGCUCAGCCUAUGCCUCCGCAACUGCAAGGCAAAAAUUCCGAGAAGCUUAUUGCUUCGCUUUUGGCUAAUGCCAAGCCCCAGGAGCAGAAGCAGAUCCUCGGCGAGCGUCUGUACCCGAUGAUUGAGCGCAUGCACCCCUCAUUGGCGGGCAAGAUCACCGGCAUGUUGCUGGAGAUCGAGAACUCUGAGCUCUUGCACAUGAUUGAGGAUCAGGAGGCCCUUAAGGCUAAGGUCGAAGAGGCUGUGGCCGUGCUGCAAGUGCACCGCGUCACCGAGCCUGCAAACUAAGCUCGAACAAUAAUAAAGCGGAUGAAGGAUUUUGUAUGAACACUCGACACCCAAAAAUUUUCCUCUUCACUUUCAAUUCAUUAACUAAUUCGCAUUCACUGAAGCUAGAGCAUAGAAGAACCGCCUAGGACACAUAUAUCAACACAGAAAAACCAGCCAAUCGAAGGCUUUUAUCUAAUCCCCCAGAGAAAAGAAAGAAAAAAGCAAUUUCAAUCAUUUAAUUUCGAACGCAUUUACGCAAUUACACGAAAAAUCAAGAGGAAAGUCUAUUCAGAUUCAGCAAAACAAUAUUCGAGAACGAGAAUUCUUUUAUACAUUUACAGAAAAAAAAAUGAAAACUUCAAAAUGCGAAUUUGAAACAUACUUUUUGUCAUUGCUUGAAUUGAAAUAUUUGUAUAUUGUAUGCGUAAAAGAAGAAUGCAAAACCAUCGCAAAAUAAACAGAAUGUAGAACGCUUUAUGCUAAUAA